AUGAAAAACCAGAAACUACUGAAAAUACUGGCAGGUACAGCGCGUGUUCUUUUUCUUGCAAAGUGCAGAGGGAGCAGAGCUUCUUUCGAGGAGGAUGAAACAGAAGUGUUUCUUGGGCUAUCUGUAGUUGACAACGGCAAAAUAGACAAUAGUGCCGGGUACAGCAAAAGCUAUACGAACAGAGCAAUGGAGGGGAUAUCGCAGCAUUAUGGUGCUUUUGUGCAGCACAUUGAAAGACCCAGCGUAAUUAGACACACCUCUGAUUGUUUUGUUGGAAGCAGCAGACAGUCUGCAGGCGAAAAAAGGAAAGAAAGCGAAAUGAGUAGUCCCACGGAUGUGCCUGAUCAUCAGGCUGCACCAGAAAAUAAGAAGCAAAGAAAUGACGAAGUAUCCAGAGACGGCUCACUAGACUCUUUAAGUGACGUUGACAUUGAGAUCAUAUCAGAGGAUGAUCAAGCUGCACCAGAAAAUAAGAAGCAAAGGAAUGACGAAGUGUCCAGAGACGGCCUACCAGACUCUUUAAGUAACGUUGACAUUGAGAUCAUACCAGAAGACGAACAGCCGGCCACUGAGAGCAACCCAGUGCCGCAGCCUGCAGCAGAAGUAGCUGAAGAAGAGGACUAUAUAAAUCUCCAUAACAUCGAUAUGUGGAACGAUAUGGACGUAAGGCUGGUGAAUAAAAGAAGAAAAGGGUACAGAGUGAGACACAAAACAAUCUACGUGAUCGAUGAUCUUGCCGACUUCAAAAACAAAGAGAUAAAAAGAGAAGAGUACAAAGAAGGUCUUAGAGAGAGCAUUGAGGAGUAUGCCACCAGAAUUGCUCCGCUGAUACAGAUUAACCCAAUGUGGCACUACAUUGCGAGCAAGUCCACAACUAUACAAACCAAGUACAAAGACCUGCUGGGCCUGCAGGAGCUUCUUAGGAGCGGGAAGAAAGCAGACAGAAAAAUGAUAGAGAGCAUUCAGGGGUACCGCCCAAAUAUAAUCGAGGACAUAAUCGAGUAUAUAGAGAAGAACCAGCCGAUGAGAGCCAAAAGAUAUGAUCCAGAGAACGCUUGGAGAGAGACGCUGGGAGAUAUUUACAUGCGGACACUGCCUCUGCUGAACUAUGCUAUGCUGAAAGACUUGAAUGGCAUUGAUCUGAUUGGCGAAAGGUACCACGCCCUUGUGUACGCUCUGCGCAUGGUUCUCGUGCUGCCCGAAGUGCGCCAGGACUUUCUUGGCAUCACUGGGAGCCUUAUAAAAAGAACCAGAAUUUCAGAAAACUUUGCUGUAAACACAAACUACCAAAAAGUCCUGCUGAUAAUCCACCGAAUGGUGCAGCUGAAUAUAGACCAAGAAAUAGACGAAAACUUGUGCGAGGAGGCCUAUAGCUAUAUUAAACUGCUGUACAAAGGAAGAAAGCCGCUAGGAGAGCUGAAGCCUGCUGAGAUGUACAGAGUGGUGUACACAAUCCUUGGGAAGUUCUAUGAGAAAGUAAAGGUGAUCGAUACAGAAAACGAGUAUGUGCUCGCAGGCAAGUGCAUAAUAACGAACCAGAAGUACGUGAAGUGUGCGAAAGCGGUGAAUGUAUCUGGGGAAGAAGACACAAAGCUCCCAGCCCCCACAUACACAGCAGUGGAGAACAAGUGGAAUGUCUCGCCUGACGUAGAGCCGCACUACCACGUGUACUACGUAGACAACACCACCCAACAGCUCAGAAUACUGUGCAUGCCUCUGCACAUAGACAAAAAAGAAAAUAUAUACUGUCUGCACACAAUUGGCGAGAUAGUAAAGCAUAUAAAGGCGCUCUAUGGGAUGGACGCCUGCUCAGACGUUAUACACCCGUUCAAGGUAAAGAAGGGAAGCAGAGAGUGGUCGUACAUCAGAGAGAAAGAGAGGGAUAAGACAAUAAAAGACCUCGAAGAGUGCGAGGUGGUCUUCUACUACAUUGAAGAAAACAUAGAAAAAACGAAGUUUACUUUUGUGGAGUUCAGGCCUCUCAGCGCGCAUGAGAAAAACAGCGUGUGCAUCCCCCUGUUUCUCAAGCCCCUGAUGCAGUCUGCUGUGGAGUUUGGGCCCUUCAAAAAGAAAGAAGAGCACACAGAGAUAGACUCAAUCGUCUUUACAAACAGAGCACCUGAUGUGUACGAGUACGAUAGAAAGUACAAAAGAAGAAACUACUCGCAUCUGCACAACUACUACAGUAACCUAUACAUUCUCUCGAACAAAGAAAAAAAUGCAGACUGCUACUCCAUGGACUGCAAGAUGAACGAGAAGUCCAACGGCACUGUUGAGGCUGUGUGGUACGUGAGAAUGCCCAGCAGUAUUGAUGAGUACGCAUUCUACAUGGUUGACGAGGCUUUUUCCAGAAAAGAAAACGCAGAGGACUAUGAUGCUUUUAUUGACACGCUAGAGUCAAGGGAGUACAACAAGGACAACGAGAUGCAGGGGUUCUGGCUGUGCAAUAACAGCGCUGAGGCUGGAAACGGCAGGUAUACCGAGCAAGUAUAUAAAAUGUGCAGCUGGCUUGUGAGCAACAGCUACUACAACAGGUCUGUGUCCAAGGAUAGUCUAGCAGAGAUCAACCGAAAAAUAGGAAAAGCAGAAAAAAUGUACAAGGAAAUAGCAUAUAAACAGGUGAAAAAUAAGAGAAGGAGUAACGAAAGCGUGUACGAGAAGAAGCUGAGCAACAACUUGCUGUCUGUUAAAAAGUACAAAGAAAAGAGCACUUUGGCGGUCCUGUACAGAGAGAAGUACAUAAAGGACUCUAAAAGGCCGAGUUCAAGGGCAGAGUUUAUAGCGGUUAGGAAUGUGAACGACAGCAAGUCCCAUCUAGGCAUACACAACGAGGUUCUUAAUACCUUGAUCUCGUGCUACAAGCCAAGGAGCUUUGUGGAGAAUAAAUAG